AUGAAGAAGAAACUUGAGACUAAGCGGUUCAUCUACGGAUAUACGUAUCAAGAACUAGUACAAGAAAAGGAGAAAACUGAUAAAAAAAUAAGAGAUCUCGAGUACAGAAACGUUCAUUUGGAGACCACCAACAAAGCCUUAGAGGAAACAUUUGCUGUAUUAGAAAAUAGGGAGAAAAAAAAACAUAGAAAUAGCUGGGGCGGGAAGAGUAUGAGAAAGAAAAGUUGGAAUAUUCACUGA